CGGAAGAGGCUGUCAUAGCAACUGCCGUCAAUCAGUUCGACUUGAUUUGAAUGACCAGACGAAAAACAGUGAAAAACGUUUAAUUUUGAAUUAUUGAGGGGAAAUAACCAUAAACCAUGGGUGACCAACAGCGGAAAGCAGUGAAUGGUGGAGAGGAGAAUAAUUCAGAUGAUAUUGAUCGCCUUGAAUUGAUGUCCACAAUCGGUUUCAAUGGAUCAAGCCAGGGCAGCUUAUCAGUGCACCCUGAUAGGAAUCAUAUUGUCUAUCCCCUUGGCAACACCGUCAUCGUUGAGAAUUUAAACUCUAAGAAGCAAGACUUCCUACAGGGUCACACAAACACUGUGACCUGUGUCACCAUCUCACGCAGUGGACGCUUCAUAGCAUCCGGCCAGCAGACUCACAUGGGUUUCAAGGCCAUGAUCAUUGUCUGGGACUACGAGAAACGUUCCGUCCACUGCAAGCUGGACCUGCAUAAGGUCAAAGUUCAAGACCUGGCCUUCUCACCAAAUGACCUCUACCUUGUGUCUCUGGGAGGUCAAGACGAUGGCGCUAUCGUGAUCUGGGAUGUGAUGAAGAAGGAAGCAGUGUGCGGAUCAGAGGCCGCUGUCAAGAGUGCAGGGACUACGUACUGCGUUGCUGCAGCCAACCAGAGCGAUUUCUUAUUCUUCUCAGGCGGAGAGCGAACAUUGCGUGUUUGGGAUCUAGACGUGGAGAAUCGAAAGAUCAGGCCUACUGAUGUAUCAUUGGGACAGCUCAAACGAAUUGUCAAGAGCAUUGUGGUUGCACCCGAGGACGACUACUUCUACUGCGCCACCACCACAGGCGACAUCCUGAGGAUCAUUGCCAGCACUAAGAUGCUCAGCUGCUACGGUCCCAAGAAGGACCUCUUUGGGAUGGGCGUGACUUCGCUGGUCCUCGUCAAAGACGGUACCUUCCUCCUUGGCACUGGGGACGGCACUGUGGCCCACGCAAAGUUCAUCGAUGACAAAUUCAAGGUCAUCAAGAAGAAGAAGAUUGACAAGGCUGGGCACAUUACUUCCCUUACACUAAGAGGACAAGGUCAUCAGUUCUUUGUCGGGACGUCCAAUUCACAUAUCUAUCGAUUCAACUUCUCAGAAUUCACCUAUGAAAUGAUCAGAACAUGUCAUUAUGAAGAGGUCAAUGAUAUCGCAUUCCCAAAAGGUUGCUCUGAGCUCUUUGUGACAAGUUCAAAGAAUGACAUCAGGGUUUGGGAGACAGCUUCCUGUAAAGAGCUCAUGCGUAUCAACGUUCCUAACAUGGAGUGCCAUGCUGUCUGCAUCAUGCCUGAUGGCAAGAGCAUCGUUUCUGCAUGGAACGAUAACAAGAUUCGUAGUUUCCUGCCCCAGUCUGGGAAGCUGUUGUAUGAGAUUGCCGACGCCCAUAAUAAAGCAGUGACGGCACUGGCAGUCACCAGUAAUAACAAGCGCAUCAUCAGUGGAGGAGGAGAGGGUCAAGUGCGUGUUUGGGAUAUCUUCCCUAGAGAGCAGAAGCUCCGGCAGACCUUGAAAGAGCACAAGGGUGUGGUAGCCUUUGUCCGAGUCAACCAUUCCGACACGGAGUGUGUCAGCGCCAGCACCGAUGGAACCUGCAUCAUCUGGGAUCUCCAUAAAUUUGUACGGAGCCAGGUUGUGUUUGCCAACACCCUGUUCAGGUGUGUGUGCUACAGUGCUGAGCAGAGCCAGAUCAUUACAUGCGGAACAGACAGGAAGAUUGCAUACUGGCAGGCCGGGGAUUCCAGCCAGAUCCGUGAGGUGGAAGGGUCUAAGGGAGGCGCCAUCAAUGCCAUGGACAUGUCCAGUGAUGGCAGUAACUUUGUGACCGGUGGUGAUGAUGCUCUUAUCAAGGUAUGGGAUUAUGUAAAUGGUGUUGUAACCAGCAUUGGUGUUGGACACUGCAGUGAAAUCAAGCGCCUGCGCAUCUGCCCUCAUCAAAAGUACAUCAUCAGUGUCAGCAAAGAUGGUGCUAUCUUUCGCUGGAAGUACCCCUCCAACUGCAGUCUUUGAAGAUUGAAGAUAGCAGCACAAAUUUGAUCCUUUUGUAGGUAGUGCUGAAGAUAUGCUACUGUGAAAAGGGAUUCAGGUAUAAUAGAUCUAUAAGGGAGAAAGUAAAGAGUUUAAGAGACAUCUUUUCCCCGUUUGUGACAAUUUACCCCUGCCAGCUUUUUGAGAGUUGUGUUUAUAUAUUUUUCUGUCAUUGCCAGACAAAAAAUUACAUACAAAUUAUAUAGAUAAACGGUUUCAGAAACAUUAAAAUCGGAUCAAUUUGUUGGAAACUGUCAAAGGGCAAUGAUUAUGAAAUACUGAAAGUUUUGAGAUAAAAGACUCUAGGAAAGGAAGCUGUUAUCACCUCUUGUUAUGUAAACUUCUGUGUAAAAAUAUAAAAAAUAGACUGUAUUCCUAAUUUGAUUUCUGAUAUUCAAACUUUUUGUUGGAAAAGGUUGGCAGAUAUGAUAUCAUAAUGGGAAAAAUAUUUUGGUUUGAAUAAAAAGAAAAAAGGUAGCAUUUGACGUUAAUUUAUUCUGUAUUUUCAUGUGCAGAUUUGUCUGUGUUGUUGAUUGUAUAUGGCUUUAAGUCAAAUAAGACUUUGGCUUUUUUGUGUAACUCAAUGGAUAAGACAUGCAUAUUAUUAUUGUGUAGUGAAACCUAGAGGAAGAAAUUGAGAAAAAUGACUACAGACUAUGCUACGAAGACUGGAAGUCAAUUCAAUGGCCCAAUAUUUUGUAAUAAUAAACUUUAAAAGUCUCGACGAAAA